UUCGUAUGUGACCUCGAAAAACACCAGUCUUGAUUUUGAUACGAAGAGAAGUGCAUGUCUAAAUUUAUCGCGAUUUAGUAAAUGAAAACACGUCGUAGAUCUCUUAAAUUAAUAAGUGCACACCUAAAUAUUUUUGAUCAAGUGUGAAAUAAAAUGAGUGUAAUUGAUGUGAUGUAAUUUGAGCUUAACUCAUGAUAAUUGUGUUUUUGCUUUCGUGAAAAUGAAUGGCAAACUGCAUAGUGAAACCGGCGCUUUCUCAUCUGACGACAUGCGCGCCGAAAUAUUGAACCCUUUCGUCCACAAAUUGGAGCUAGAUAACACAUAUGACAAAAUAAAGACGGCAAUAUUCACCGUAAUAUUACUGCCUUUUCGUGUCAUCGUUAUUUGUUACCUAAUAGUAACGGCAUGGUUCCUCGCGUGUAUUGGUCUCUAUGGCCUAAGCGAAGAAGAUCUUAGGCGAAAGCCUAUGACGGGAUGGAGAAGCAAACUGCGCUUCUCGAUCUUGUCGCUAAUGCGGUUGGUGGUGGUGGCAGCAGGGUUCCAUCGGGUCCGAGUGCUGGGGCGGCAGCACGUGCCUUCUAACUCUCGGGAAGCCCCCGUGGUGGUGAUGGCACCACAUUCCACCUUCUUCGACGCCAUCGCCAUCGUCUGCCUCGGUGCACCCAGCGUGGUGGCCAAAGCAGACACCGCGAGGUUGCCGUUCAUAGGACAACUCAUCAACUAUACGCAGCCUGUCUAUGUGUGGCGGGAUGAUCCUAACUCCAGGCAGAAUACCAUCAAGGAGAUUAUCGAGAGAGCAACUUCCAAAGAAGAUUGGCCGCAGGUGCUUAUCUUCCCUGAGGGUACCUGCACGAACCGUUCGUGCCUGAUCACGUUCAAGCCGGGUGGAUUCUACCCAGGAGUACCUGUACAGCCGGUCACCAUCAGGUACCCUAACGCCAGAGACACAGUCACUUGGACCUGGGAGGGCCCUGGAGCCCUAAAGCUGUUGUGGUUGACCUUAACACAAGUGCACAGUUCGUGUGAAAUUGAGUUUCUACCUGUAUAUUAUCCGAGCGAAGAGGAGAAGAGGGACCCCAAACUGUAUGCGAGAAACGUUAGAGAUGUCAUGGCCAAGGCAUUAGGAGUACCAGUCCUGGACUACACGUACGAUGACUGUCGGCUCAUAGCUCGAGCGAAGCAGCUGGGCAUACCUUGUGCAGCGUCGGCCAGGGAAGUCAGCGAGAUCCGAGGACAACUUGGUUUGGAGCGGUCAGGUCUAGACCUGGUCGUGGCCCGCGGCGGGCUGGCGGGCGGCGGCGCGGCGCGGCGCUGGCUGGGGCCCGACGAGUUCGCGCAACGACUCGGGGUACCGCUGUCUGCACGCACGCAGCGACUCUUCGACAUAUUCAUGCAGCGCUCGAGUGGGUUGUUGUACUUCCCGGACUACUUGCUGAGCGCCGCCUUCCUCGCCCUGCAACACGAGCCUCUCACACAACUCCUGGCUAUAGCCUUCAAGUUGUACGCGGGCGGCGCGGGCGGGCGCGUGGCGGCGGCCGGCUUCGAGGAGCUCGCCGCGCGCUGUCUCGGGCUCGCUCCGGACGACGCCCGCAACACCUUCCGCCAGGCAGACCUGGACGAGGACGGAUACCUCACCUACGAUGACUUUAUAGCAUACGCGCAGAAGAAAGCGGAGUUCUCAUUUGUAUUUGCGUGCGACGCAUCGCAUCACAAGCCGAAGGCUCAGUGAGGGUCACCAGUUCACAUCCCGACAGUCUGCAGCCAAGUGCCCUAGUGACGGAAACUUAUCCACACCAGGAUAGGAGCGAAGAGAACAGUAAUGUCGAGAAUGUGAAAUUGUACUUCAAAUUCUGAAAUCGAAACUAUGAAAGAAGGCUUAUUAAUACUUAAAAAUGGCAGUAUCGUCAAAGGACUUAGUCAAAAAGAAAAAAAAAAAUUGACGUUGACAUUUGUCAACUUUUUGCCGCCAUUAGUUUGACGUUUGAAUUGUUGAGUUUAUUCGUUUUUUAUUGGAAAUGUCUGGAUUACAAUGUGAUGAGUAAGCUAGUGAGAGAUAAGCGGUGAUUAAUAUUUAUGUAUGAAAUUACUAAAUAAUGCUCUGUUGGUUAUGUUUAUAAGAGAUCGGAUACUAAUUGUGUAAAAGUCGUUUGUGUACGUACGUGUACGUAUGUGAAUGGGUGUUUGUAUUUAUGUAUGGUCUUGUGUGUGUUUAGUAUUUGUGGCAACCAUCAAGCGUGUGGACGGGGCGUGAGGAGGAUUGGAACCUAAAACUGCAAAUUGAAUGUAACAUUAUAGAACAGUGAAAAUUAAUUGUGUUAUGUAAAUAGUAAUUACAUAGACGACGUUUUGGCCUGCUUUUUCAUCAGUUUUUAAGUAACAAUAGUAUUCUUACCAAGGGCCAUCAAUAAUUCCAUGAUCAAUAAUUUUAUUUAUUAUUACGCUUACUUUUACAUUAUCACCAUUUCCUACAUAUUUUAUAAGUAUCCAAUAUAUUAGGAUAUACUGUACGUUUUUUCGGUUUUCUGAAUGAAAUACGACCAAUAAAGUAGGUAUGGCUAUUAAAAAUAAAACAACCAUUUAACAGCAUUACACCAAAUACCUACCUACAUAUGUUACAUAUAAAACCAUUAACAUUUCCACGUGCCGAGUAACAAUCAUGUCGCCUGUCCACGAUCAUAUUUCAACUGACCGCUUCGACGAAAACCUAUAUUAGGUACUUGAGAACCACUAAGUGAAGACCUGAAGGUCGAGUUCAGUGGAGAGGUCUGUGUCUAGCAUUGACAUAAACAAGGUGAUAAUGAACGUCAUACAUGAAGAAAUCUGUCCUAAUUUAUGAUGAAGAAACAGGCCUAUAAUAUGAGAAGGAAUGCAUUUGAAAUAUUCAGUGACAAGUAUUUAGUUUAUAGUACAAAUUUAUUUAUGUGGUGUCGUACAUGCUUUAUCCUACUGUUUGUAUCAUCCUGUUCUUUAACUGACUGGAAUAUAGCGUGAAGAUCGUUAGCCCAAUUGGGAAUUGGCUAAGGUUAAACAAUUGGAUCAAGGACGUUGAAAAAAUGGCGGACACAGUCCCUUGGAACAACGACUGUGGCACCUGGCUACUAUAGACUUACA